CGGCGUCCUGGCCAUGGCCGGCCUGUCGGACCUGGAGCUGCGGCGGGAGCUGCAGGCCCUCGGCUUUCAGCCAGGACCCAUCACCGACACCACUCGGGACGUCUACCGCAACAAGCUGUGCCGCCUGCGGGGCGAGGCCCGGUUGCGCGACGAGCAGCGGCUGCGGGAGGAGGCCCGGCCGCGAGGCGAACUGCGGCUGCGGGAGGAGGCCCGGCUACGCGAGGAGGCACCGCAGCGCGCCCGGCCCACCGCGGCCCCUCCGCGGGCGGAGCCCUGGCUCUCCCCGCCGGCCUCGGCCCACCCGAAACCCGGGGCCUACGGCGACCUCGGGGCCUCCGCGGCUUCCUGGGCCGGGAGCCGCGGCCUCGCGUACCCUGCGCGCCCCGCGCCGCUCCGCCGUCGCCCCUCGGUCCGGGGCAGCUCUGAGGAGGAUGAGGACGCCCGGACGCCUGACAAGGCCGCGCUGGGCCCGGGCCUCUCGGGCCGCCGCUGGUGGGCCGCGUCCCCUUCCCCGGCGCGGCCGUCCUCCUCUCUCCUCAGCCCCGACCCGCGCCCCGGCCUGCGGGCGGCCCGAGGCGGCCUUGCGGGCGCGGCGCGGGCCCGGCCUGAGGUGGGGCGCUGGCUGGAGCGCUGCCUGUCUCGGCUCCUGCUCUGGGCCAGCGUGGGGCUGCUGCUCAUCUUCCUGGGCAUCCUGUGGGUGAAGAUGGGCAAGCCCUCGGCGCCGCAGGAGGCGGAGGACAACAUGAAAUUGUUGCCAGUGGACUGUGAGAAGAAAACAGAUGAGUUCUGCCAGGCCAAGCAGAAGGCAGCCCUGCUGGAGCUGUUGCAUGAGCUCUACAACUUCCUGGCCAUCCAAGCUGGUAAUUUUGAGUGUGGAAAUCCAGAGAAGCUGAAAAGCAAAUGCAUUCCUGUCAUGGACGCACAGGAAUAUCUUGCAAAUGUGACCAGCAGCUCCUCCGCCAAGUUUGAAGCUGCCCUGACCUGGAUACUGAGCAGUAACAAGGACGUGGGCAUCUGGCUGAAGGGGGAGGAUCCAUCUGAAUUGGUGACGACCGUGGACAAAGUGGUCUGCCUGGAGUCGGCCCGUCCCCGCAUGGGCGUCGGCUGCCGCCUGAGCCGCGCUCUACUCACAGCUGUCACCAACGUGCUCAUCUUCUUCUGGUGCUUGGCUUUCUUGUGGGGGCUCCUAAUCCUGCUGAAGUACCGGUGGCGGAAGCUAGAAGAGGAGGAGCAGGCCAUGUACGAGAUGGUGAAGAAGAUUAUCGACGUCGUGCAGGACCACUAUGUCGACUGGGAGCAGGACAUGGAACGCUACCCAUACGUGGGCAUCCUGCACGUGCGUGACACCCUCAUCCCGCCACAGAGCCGGAGGCGCAUGAAGCGGGUCUGGGACCGAGCCGUGGAGUUUCUGGCCUCCAAUGAAUCCCGAAUCCAGACGGAGUCCCACCGCGUGGCUGGAGAAGACAUGCUGGUGUGGAGAUGGACUAAGCCCUCUUCCUUUUCUGACUCGGAACGAUAAGGCCCGGAGGGCAGGCACCUGCUCCCAUCAGCCUAUCCCGGGACAGCCCGCUCUAGGGGCGUGCGAGGGUCCCAGACCCGUGGUGCUGAAUUCACACUUGCCUUGACUUUGCACCCUCCUGAGUGUACUCUGGGAGCCCCUGAAAGAGGAACUGAGCUCAGUAGGAACCUGAGGGUGUCCUUGGAGGGUGGCGGGGAGGAACCGGGGCAAGGGCCACUCCCUCUGCUCUGUUUUGCUGGCAGAAAAGGGGAGAAGGGUUUGUUUUUCCAGAAUAGAGAAAAUAUGCUGCAGUGGUAAGAUGGUUUAAGCUAUUGUGGGAGCAAUGUGCACUGCCUGCCAGGUGGGCCUGCAGCCCGCCCAAGUGGGGCGGGGAAGGCUGACCCGGGUGCUAGGGGGCCGGGAGCAGCUUGGUUCCAUGUGCCUUUGUGGGUGCAAGUCCAGAGCUCAAGGGUUAGGGGAGAACGCUUGUCUCAUGGCUGGACAGCUUUUGUCCUGGAGGAAGAUGCUAGAAAUUAGAACAAGGGACUAGGGAAACUGUCUAGAAAAUAGGGCUCUCAGGUCUGGAGUGAGCUGCUGCUGUGGCUCCUCCGGAGGCAGCCUCCCAGUGGGCUCUACGCCAGCCCUGUGGCCAAAAGCAAGAUUGGAUGCCAGCUCGGGUCACUGGAGUGUCAAGGCCAAGAGUGCGCUCCCUCUGCGAUGUGAUCGCCUGGUUUGACUGCCACCAUGGCUGCCCCUGGCUGUUGAACCAGAACUUCCACUUCCACUGUGGCUGGUAGUCGUGGUGGCCACAUGCUGCCCCCUGCCGGCCGCACAGAGCGGCGCCCGUGAGCUCUAGCCGCCAGCCUCCACCUUCUGGUGGGCUCUACCCUGGAGACCAGCCCCGGAAACACCGCCCUGGAGUCCUUAUUAAGUGCGAGCCAUCCCUGUAGGUCCUCAGCCGUGGCCAGCGGGAGUGGGGAGCAGCAGCAGCUGCCUCCAGCGGCUGUCAGCCGCCCCUCCUGGUCUUGAUGGUAUUGUUGGUUUCCGCACUAAAGCGCCAGCCUCCUCUGAGCGGUGCUCAGUGUCACAGGGACAGUCGGGCCGGCCACCGUCAGCGUGGGCCUAAUCAGACACCAGCCAGAACAGGAAGCGCCGCCGGUACAGGCUUCAGCUUCAGGGUUGGAACUGCUGGAUAAAUAAACUAUUUAUUAAAAAUGAA